AUGCGCGCGCGGGCGUCGACGUGGAACGUCGCGGCGAUCAACAACAACCCGUUCGAGUACUACGCCAGCGCGCGCGGUCGCGGAGAGGCGUCGAGCGACGACGGCGGCGAUGUUUAUGAAUCAUUUCUGCUCGCGGUCGAGCGCGCGCUGUCGAGCGACGCCGGCGGCGCGUCCGACGCGACGAUGGCGCGCGCGCUCGGACCGGACGCGCUGGACGCGCUGCAGGCGAAGAUCGCGGCGAGCGGCGCGGCGAAGGACGGAGAGGCGGCGGCGCGGGCGCGACGCGCGUACGAGGCGCGGUGCGGCGAGCGAACGUGCGGCGAGUUCCUGCGAGACGCGGAGAUCGGCGCGAAACGCCUGUGCUCGAUGCCGGACAGAGUGACGAACACGGUGAACGUGUUCGACGACGAAGGCGAGCGAAGGACGGUGCGAAGGCCGACGGUGAUUAAUUGUUACGACGAGACGCUGGAGGACGAAGGCGAGUGGUUUCGAGCGUGGAUGGGGUACAUGUUCGACGCGAAAGUACGCGCGACGCGGGGAGGCGAGGCGCGAGCGAUGGUGGAGAUGUUGGUGCCGAUUAGACGGGCGAAGUAUCCGGCGGUGAGCGAGGAGGAGGAGGCGCUGGGGAUCCCUUUACAAAUUUUCUAUUUGGCGGCGUUCGACGCGGCGUUGGCGCGCGUGGCGACGACGGCGGCGGGCUCGUUUGAGGCUUGGCAGCGCAUUCGCGCCGGUUUAGUCGAUGCAUUAGUGCGACAUAAGGUGCCGCGAACGCUCGAUGUGGUGGAGCAUUGCUUACUGGGGUCAUCGUCGUCGGACGUGAAUUUGUCGGCGUGCUUUUUGCAGGAAGUCGGCGCUUCGUUCGCCGACGCGCUCGAGGCGCGAGAAAGCGUGCGGGACACGUACGAGAUAUAUCGUCCAGAGGAUCUGGACGUGAAGCGCGAUCAAAACUCGAUCGUGCUCGUGUCCAAGACGUUCACUCGAGGCGAGCGUGCGAUCGAGAAGACGCGCGAGAUUUUGGAGUCACUCGGCGACGGCGCCGCCAAAUUCUCCAAGGGUGAUUUUUGCGCCUUUCUCGUUCGCGGGGUGCUGUUUUGUUCGUUUCACGGCGAUACGGAUGGGUUACAAACUAAAGUAAUCACCACCGCUACGCACGCGCACUGCGUCGCAAACGACGCGAUCGAUGCGUGCGUCUUUGGCAUGGACGCCAACACUCACGUUGCGCACAAGGACGGUAAAAAGCAAGGCGUCACAGAUUUCAUAGACUUCUUGGCCGCAGAAACGACGUUUAGAUCGUGCUGGACGAUGGCCGAGAUCGACGUCGAGCGCGACGCCUUCACGACGUUCAGCGCGCGCACCUUCCUUCAGGCGCAGCUCAACAAAGCUGUGCCGCUCGCCGAAAUCGCGACGAGCGCGCUCACGGACCGCCAUCCCAAAGACCACGUGUUGAUUUACACCCGAACCGACGCCAACGCCGCCUCGCUUAACGCCACCACCAAGCCCACGCUCACUCGCAUCAACGCCGUGGACUUCACCGCGCACCCCAAGCCCCCUAGUGUCCUCCCUUUCGACGCCGACGCGACGUUUCCCAACGCUCGCUUCCCGAGCGAUCACGCCUGCGUCGUCUUCAACUUCGACUUCUCCCUCGCGUGA